GCCGAUGCUGGCUGGAUGCUUUGGAACUUGCCCUGCGUUGCUCCAGCCUCUUCCGGCUCAGUGCCUCCAAGCAGGGAAAGGAUGGAGAAAUGAACUACUCGAGCGAUUCUGCGCAUGCAGGGCUCAACCACCUCUUGCACACAAGUGCUAUCUCAGACCAGGAGUUCUUCCAUUUGAAUGAAUCAGCCCUGGAGAACCACCACCAUUUGGAAAAUGACGCCUUUUCGGACAAGUCCGAGAGAGACAACGUAGAAGAGUCGGAGAACGAAACUCAUGAGAAUAGCCGGAAGACAAACGAAAGCGAGAGCGAUCAGUCAGAAACCCAUGGAGAAAUCUCUCUGGGAAGGAAAGGGACGACUUACAUUGAACAGAUCUAUGAGGAGUUUGGGGAGACAGGUGAAUCAUCUCAAACAGAAACUGUCUCUGAGGAGAACAAGAGCCUGAUGUGGAUCCUGAUGAAGCAGCUGCGGCCUGGCAUGGACCUGUCGCGGGUGGUGCUGCCCACCUUCAUCCUGGAGCCCCGCUCGUUCCUUAACAAGCUCUCUGAUUACUACUACCAUGCUGACCUGCUUUCCCAGGCUGUCCUUGAAGAUGAUCCAUACAGUCGAAUGAAGCAAGUUUUGAGAUGGUAUCUGUCCGGCUUCUAUAAGAAGCCAAAGGGAAUAAAAAAGCCAUACAACCCUAUCCUAGGAGAGACGUUUCGCUGCUGUUGGUUUCACCCUCAGACAAACAGUCACACAUUUUACAUAGCAGAACAGGUGUCCCAUCAUCCACCAGUGUCAGCUUUUCAUGUAAGCAAUAGGAAGGACGGAUUCUGCAUAACUGGCAGCAUUCUAGCGAGGUCCAAGUUUUAUGGUAACUCACUUUCUGCACUGUUGGAUGGGAAGGCAAAGCUUAUGUUUCUAAACAGGGGGGAAGAUUAUAUAAUUACUAUGCCAUAUGCCCACUGUAAAGGACUUUUAUAUGGUACCAUGACAAUGGAACUUGGAGGGAAAGUUACCAUCGACUGUGAGAAAACUAACCACAGGGCAGAACUGGAAUUCAAGCUAAAGCCCUUCUUCGGUGGCAGCACAAGCAUUAAUCAAAUCUCUGGGAAGAUUAAAUCAGGAGAAGAGGUGUUAGCAAGUCUCAGCGGACACUGGGACGGCGAAGUGCAUAUAAAUGAGUUGAAAAAUGGGAACACGGAAACGUUAUGGAACCCCACCAGUGAAGUGCGACGGCAGAGACUGAAGCGCCAUAUUGUACUCUUUGAGGAGCAGACGGACUUCGAGUCAGAGAGGCUUUGGCAGCACGUUACCAGUGCAAUAAACAAAGGCGAUCAACACAAGGCGACGCAGGAGAAGUUUGUGCUGGAAGAGGAGCAGAGGAAUGCUGCCCGGGAGCGGAGAGAGAACGGCACAGAAUGGAAACCGCUGCUCUUCCGGCACGACGCCACGACUAACGAAUGGCACUACAAAUACGAGGAUUUAAGACCUUGGGAUCCUUUGAACGACAUUGCCCAGUUUGAGAAGAAUGGGAUACUUCAGACCAUGGAACGACACUUAUCCAAAAGGAUGUCAAACCACAAAACAACGUGCAUAAACAAGCAAAUGACACGGCACAAG